GCCGCCGAGGGGAGGAGGAGCAGCCUCGGCAGCUGACGAGGAGAAUGGGAGUGCGGGGCGACCGACCGCCGCGGGCUGUCACGGCCGCUGAGGAGCCCGAGAGGCGCGGGGCCAGCGCCCGCCGCUUUUAAACCCGGGAGGGCGCGGCGGCGGGCGGAUCGCGGCGCGCUCGGGCGGCGGCCGAAUGGAGAGGAAGGGCUCGGCGGCCGGGGCCAAGGGGAACCCGAGCCCGCCCGCGGCCGGCGAGGGGCAGCGGCCGCCACCGCCACUGUGCGUCCCGGGAGGCAGCGGAGGAGCCCCCGCGCGGGGCCAGGCUGGGGCGGCGGCCGAGCCCGCCGAGCUCAUCAGGCGCGCGCACGAGUUCAAGAGCCAAGGGGCGCAGUGCUACAAGGACAAGAAAUUCCGCGAAGCCAUCGGCAAAUACCACCGGGCGUUGCUGGAGCUGAAGGGGCUGCUGCCGCCCCCCGGGGAACGGGAGCGGGACUCGCGCGCAGCCUCCCCAGCCGGGGCCCCCAAGCCCGGCCGCCUCACGGAGGAGCAGAGCAAGACGGUGGAAGCCAUCGAGAUCGACUGCUACAACAGCCUGGCAGCCUGCCUGCUCCAGGCUGAGCUGGUGAACUACGAGCGAGUCAAGGAGUACUGCCUCAAAGUGCUGAAGAAGGAGGGGGAGAACUUCAAGGCCCUCUACCGGUCGGGCGUGGCCUUCUAUCACCUUGGGGACUAUGACAAAGCGCUCUACUACCUGAAGGAAGCAAGGACCCGACAACCAACAGACACCAAUGUGAUUCGGUACAUCCAGCUGACGGAGAUGAAGCUCAGCAGAUGCUCCCAGAGGGAGAAAGAAGCCAUGUAGCCCGGAAGCCUCUCCAGAGACACCGCGCCUGACUGCGGACUUCCAGGCACCCCCUGAUGGAGAGCCCCACCCUCGGUUCUGUCCCUUUCCCCCCACAUCGUCCAGCUCCCCUUCUUCCUCCCAUUGCUACUCAACUCUGUCGACUCCCAGUGUGAAGAGACGGUGAGAAGCACAUUUGGAGUCUGCUGGGCUGCCCAGACGUGGAGACAUCCUCUUCUCUGGCAGGUCAGCGACGGAGAGGGGCCGUCUUCUGGAGAACACCCAGUAGGGCAACUACUGCAUCUACACUUCUGCUGGGGAGGAGCCUCACAGGCUGGGAACGCUGGGAAGGCUGCAGGCACAGAGCCACGGUCUGGACCCUGCGGUGUGCGCCUGGCGGACCAGGGCAUGUUAAGGCAACUGCACCAAACCCAGGGCCGAAGCAAACGCCAGAAGCACAGAUUCAGCCAGCCUAGAGACUGGACUUGUAACUGGAGUCCCCACCCCUGUCACCUGAGCCCCUGCCACCCUUCCUCACUUGUCUUGGCUUGUGCUUUCUUCUCUCUGCCAGGAUUCACAUGCCAUUAAGGCCCACUCUCCGUGCCCUCUGGUGACCACACACAUACCAUUCCCCCAACUCCUAGCCAGUAGGCAGCUGUGACAGCAGAAGGGCAGGGUGAAGUGGGCCAAGGGUUGGGGCAGGGCAGACCAUGCCGGUGACAGGGGAGGGAGAGACGAUGUGUAAGGGAAAGCGCAUUGUGUAGGCUGGGGGAUCCACUGGUGGGACUUAAGUGUAAAUAAAAACAAAUUCCCAGGCAGCAGUUGCUGUCGUUUCUGUUGGGACCUCCCACCCCCUCAUUUUACUUCCUCCCCAAUCCUCAGCCAGAGCUGCUUACAACCAGGCAAGAUGGGCUUCCCCCAAAGCAACUGGUCAUUUGUCCAGAGCUGUACGCAGUGCUGACUGCCGUCUUUGUGCUUCACAGAGUGGGCUGGGAUGGUGGAGACUGCCCUGGGGCUUGGCUUUGUGGGAACUUGUACAGCCUCUUUUUGAAGAAAUUAUCUGGACUCCAUAUCUAACACACAUAAAAUGUGUUCAACAAAUAUUUGUUGAAUGAAUAAAUUAUAACUGCAGACUGACUCUCCUGCCUUAAACUAAUUUUAUCCCAGCCUAGUCUCCCGAUACCCAUACUCUUUAUACCUUGCCAUGUUCAGUCAAACAGAAACACUUACUGAGGGCUUGCUGUUUGCUCAUUGUCAUGCAAUAUGCUGUGGGACGCAGGAUGUAGUCCCAAUCUUCAAGGAGAUUGGAAGAGUUGAGAAAUGCAUGGGAGAUUACUACCAAUCACACCUUUAAUUUAUACGAUGCUUAAACAUUCUCAAAGCACUUUCUGUGUAUUUUUCGUGUGAUUAGUGAGACAAUAUUGUACAAAAUUAAGCUAUAUACAGAUGCAAUAAUGUGAAUAGUUAGGAUUUAUUAAAUGCACUAUCUUCAGAUCUUUACAUGGACAAUCUCAUUUCUUCCAUACAGCUACUCCGUGAGAUACUAUUCCCAUGGGAUGGAUGAGAAAACUGAAAACCAGAAAAGUUAACUACCCUAAGGUUGCAUGGCCUUAAGGGACAAUAGCUAGGUUUUGAACCAGAUCUGACUCCAGAGUUCUAACUAGUAAUUAUGCUAUACUUAGUUGACUCUAUACAUAGUAUGUUAGGGGUUACAACUAUUUGAGAACAGGACAAUAGGCAUUAAGUUGAAAUUUUUUCACUAUGUCAGUGGUGGUUCAUGGGCCCCCUCCUGUAUUUAUCCAAGGCAGAAAAAGACCAGAGACCAGAAUCUCCAGUGCUCAGAGCAGUGACAGGCCAGCAAAGACAGCUGAGAUCCAGCAGUUUUUCCACGUAUUAUCCAGUCUACUUACUGAUGAGGCCAGCAUGUAUCUAAGCAACCCACCUAGCAUUCCCCACCCCAUCCCAGCACUGGGAAAAGAUUACAAUUAUAGGUACAGACAAAAAGGAAAUGCAAAGUUAAUUAUGGGUUAUUUGUUUAAGCGGAGGCUCUGUCACUGCAAGAUCCAAUCACUGCCCAGGGGCCCACAAGCCAGCAACACAGGUUAUAUUCACAUAGCUCCCCAAAGACUUUCAAAGGGAGCUGCAGGAAGGUGCUAGAAAUAUCCAGGGGUCCACAAUUGCUUACCUGUAACUCACCCUCUGGAGAAGAGGAAAAGAAAAAAGCCAUUCUAGAUGCCACAUUCCCUGCUUCUGUUCCCCAACCCUUACCACAUCCUUCUCUCCUCUUCCUCCAAAACGGCUUCAAUAUGACCCCAACCCCAAACUACCCUCAGGCUGAGCAUCAGCAUAUGCACACAGCUCCCGCAUUCCCAAGCCUUCAGCCCUUAAAGUUCAUGAGUUGACAAACUGUUUGUUAGAAGAUGAAGGAUAAAGAUGAGAUCAGAGGCAGCCUGCCAAACCAGUUCACACUGGCAGGGUCUUUGUUCUUCAUGCAGCUGGAAGGACUCUGAGUAACUAUUUCCAACAUGGAGGCAGGAGAGAAGUCUUGCUUAAAUAUGUGCAUUGGGACAAGACUGUUACCAUCUCAAAGAGAACACUUAGAAACCAGAACUAGGUGAGGACAACCUCUCAGAGGCUCACAGAACAAGAACACAAGCCAUUGUCUUGUCUGGUGACUUAGAGACACAUGUUUAGUGGAACUCUAUUCACUGUGACCCAAACUUGAACAAACUCCCUGCAAAAAGCUGCCUGGUGAUGGGUUGAUGAUGGAGGUGGUAGGGCCGAAUUUUCUGUGCAUUUGUCCAACAUAGUGCUGUUAAGCAAAAUCAGGUUUCAUUUGACUUCACUAACACUCCAGCUUCCUUCUCUCCACCCCUCUUAAAAACAGGGACUGUGAUUUAAUUACACACUUUUCGGAUGUCACUGUUGAACUAUAGAUAGAACAUUAAUCAUGGAUCUGACCUGCAUCAUCAUCUUCUGCCUGGACUUUUGGGAUAGAUUCUUUGAGGAAAAAAUUAUACUUUUUGUUUAAUUAUGAAAGUCUCACAUGUGUAUUGUAGAAAAUUUAGGAAAAGAAAAAAGAAAAAAAUGACAAAAUUCAACUCAUAAGCCUACUACCCAAGAACUGUAUCUUUUGUUCUUUUCGGUAUAAAUAUAUGCACACACAUGCACAGG